UUUCCUGUGCAUAUAAUUAGAAAAAUGAGGAAAAAAGGACGAAACCAGAAUAUUUUAUUUAUGGUUCGAAACCAUAAAAUAAAUUGGAAAACUGCAUUUAGCUCAGGAGCAAUUACUGCUUCAUAUACUCCGUGGUGUAAUGUACUUCGCAGUACAGGAAGAUGAAUUGGGUCGGAGGAGCACGGAAUCGCCUUAAAGUUAAGCAUGAGAACAAAUUGCAAAAGGAAUUUUUUGAAAGAAAGCGUCAGCUAAAAGGCAAUUCAAGGACAUCUGCACCAAAACGGUUUGAUAAAACAACAGGAAGAGGAAGUCAGGACCUUUUUUCCUUGGAAGUCAUUAUGUCAGCACACAGGAAGGACAUAAAGCGCAGAAAAGGUGACAGAAUUCAUACUUCUCGGAGCAGUGCAGGUAAUGUCAACUGCAGGAAUUCUGAAACCCUCUGUCAAGAAGGUUUCCCUACUAAACAGCUGCAUCACAUCUUACCGGAACUGUCCCCAGUCAGACAGCAGUUACCAGCUACAAGUUUAGAAGAGGGUAGACAUGGUGAUUGUUGUUCAGAUCAGGUUGAAAGGGAAUGCAUCUUCACCAGUAUACCUUCAAGAAGACAAACUGAUGAUCAGGGAACCAUGUCUGGUAGACAGGCUAUGGCUAAGAUUGAGGCAGAAGAACUUGGUUCAUGGGAAACUACAUUUGAGCUUGGCACUGUAGCAUUCCCAACAAAUUGAAAAAUAAUUACCUGUGCCUAUCAUGUUAGUUUUCCAGUGCAUGGUGAUGGGUAGAUAUAACUUUUGUCUUUUGCACGUGUUGCAUACCUAUAAAAAGCCCAUUUCUCUCUUUUUUUUUAAUCAAUAUUACAAAUUUUAUUUAUUGUAAUUGGACAUCUUCAUUUUUCAUGCUUUGCAGAGCUACUGGAAGAGGAUUUUUCUUAAGCAAACUUUCCCUGUCAAGCUGACUUUAAGUUGUGUCGAAAAGUUGAAAAAAUAGGCAUCGACAUAUUUAAUUUUGAUGACAGUUUAAUCAAUCAGUUAAUUUUAAAAUAAAUUCAGAAUUUAAACAUUUUGCAUUUAAAAGUCAUGCAAAAUCCAGGGAAAAUGUUGUAUACUGAAAGUGGCUCUGGUUUAAUUAUGUAACUUAAUACUUGUCUAAUAUAAUGCCAAUGAUAAUUUUACUUGAUAUCACUGUACAUAAAUAUGCAACAUCAUUAUCAACACUAAAGUUUAUUUAUUGAAAGUAACAAUUGAAAAUUGCAUAAAUUAUCUCAUAUGUAUUUUUGUAAACAAAGCAGAGAGAAAUAAAUUUGGUCUACAGAGUAACAAAAUGGAUGGAUUCUCACUGAUUUUAUUCUGCCUAAAUACUGCAUCUCUGUGUGAAGUGACAACUCCUUUGUUUCAGGAUGAGAGCACAUUUUUGCCAGGAAUAAAACAGUUACUGGGAACUGAGAGACUGGAAAACCUUUUUUGGGGGAAAUUAAAAAUAAAUGUCUUUAGCACAUUAAAGAAUUGCAAUAAUUUUCCAAAAGUGGGAGUGUGUUAAGUUUGAACAUGUUGGGAAGCCCUUCAGUGGAUAGUACAUUAUACUGCUGAAACACAAUGUAUUGGACUUGUCCACUUACAUAUACCUCUCAUUAAAGGUGAAUCUUUCUGUUCAUUUAAAUCUCAGCUCUGGAUACUUCCCUAGAUUUUCUUACAAAAGCUACCACUUUUUUGUCCAUUUCCAAUAAUAUUUUGCAAAAAUACCGGUAUAUAUGACGCAAUGUUUUGAAAGUUUUCCUGCUUUCGCCUAGUCUUGCGAUAUUGAGAUCUCUGCAUCCCUACUCUUUUUCCCACUUCCCAUAUACAUACCCCUGUGCUUCCGAUGAAAACAUUUCAGUUUGCCAAAGUUUAUAUCCUGGGGUGGGGUAGUCUGAGAGCAGGCUCUCAUUGUUGGUGACAUGAGCAAAGCUGUCAGUGAGCGAAGGGAGCCGCUGAGAAUAUUCUCAUCCCAAGCCCCUCACCACCUUGCUUUGCUUGCCGACUCACCUCUCGCGACUUUGCUCCUGCUGCAACCCACGAGAGCCCACUUGAAGGCUAAGGGUGGGGGUACUCCCUGCACUGGAAGGCUCUUUCAGAAAGGGGUACCUCUUUCAGGCUUUAGGUAUGUAGAAGGGUAGGAAUUUCACAAGUUCAGGUGUAUGAAAGGGUAGGGAAAUCUGUCAUUUAGUUAUUUAAAAGGGCCUUUAGUUAAAAUAUUUCAAACAGACACAUCUUAUGGCUGCAUCACCACAUGAAAAUGACAGUUUCCUUUUUGCCAAUUUGUUCAUAAAAUGGGCUGGUUAUGAAAGAAUGAGAAAGGGAUACUGCUUUUCAGUAAAAGGUAUACGAAAGCACGAAGGGGUACCUUUUCUGUCAAAAUGGGUAUACAAAAGGGUAAGGGGUUGGACUUUAAGGCGGGGUCUCCCCGCAUACACCCCCUUCGUUCCAGGUUUAUAUCAAAGAUGUAAUAAGGUGAAACUUUGUUUCAGUUAAUAGGCAAGCACAAAAUUCUUUGAGUUCACUGGGGUUUGAGUCAUAAUGAUUAAAACUCCUCUGUAUAAUUUGCAUUUUUAAUCCGGUUGCAAGAAGACAAUGAAGCAUGUAAAAAUAUCAAGCCCCUUUAGAAUACAAUAAAUUUUCCAGUACAAUUAAAAUAGAAAGUCAGAAUACUAUAUAUUAGGUCUAAAAAUAGUCACAUUAAGUGUACUUUUUUUAAAAUGUUGAAUCUAAAAUAGAUGUAUAUGUGCAAAGGUAGAAAAUUGAAAGUUUCUAACCUUGACUAAUUCAUAUAUUUAUAAAAUAUGGUUUUCUAGACCUUAUUCUCUCAACUAUUUUCCAAUAUAAUCAAGUUCAAGUCAUGGCGAUAUUUACCAAUGUUGUUUAGAUCUAAAAACUCAUUUUUAUACAAUUGCUGCAGACCUCUUUGUUCCUGAGUCCCCUGAGAGAAGUUCAUGCCUGUUCUAGAGUAGAGGAACACCAAGCUAAGUUUAACCCAAAUGGGGGCUCAGCAAUUGUAUGUUAACUUAAGUAAAAAAACUGGUUGUUGUGUUUCUGGGUUGAAAACCCUCCUUUCAUAUUACAUUAGGUUACUAAGUCUGUUGGUAAAAAUACUCCAACUAACAAUAUACUUUGCAUUCUACCUGAGUGUAUUUAAAAAUAAUUUUGACUUUUGGAAUUUUUUAAAAUCAACCCCAGGGCUACAGUUUUCUUUCAAAACAGUCAUCACUGUAACAUGGACACGGGGCUCAAAAAAGGUGCUGUCCCAUCAUCCAGAACAAGUAGGUUUCCACUCGGGGCAGGUAACUUUUCAUUCUCACUUGCCCAGUGGGCAAGAGAUAAGGCAAGAUGUCUGCCAACUAAAUCAUUAAAAGAGCAAACUAGGACUUGUCCUAUGUAAGCAAAAUUUGACAGCUGCUUGUCCCAAGGGGCAAGCUGGAAUUAAAGUUUAUUUUUUUCGAGCCCUGGGACAUCUCCACAAGUCAGACACAGCUUGACAUAGCUUGAACUUGCCUACAAGAAGGCUCUGAUGAGCUGUGGCAUGAGCAGCAAAGCCAGGCACCUCACCGACUUGAUCUCUCCUAGCAUUGCUGUUUGUGCCGCACCCCAUGAGAGCUUGCUCAUGGGCUAAACUUGUUCUGACUUAAUUUCAAUUGUUUUCUCAUUACAAGUGGAUGGCUAGAAUAUUAUUGGUCAGGACUGCAAAUGGCCAGUUUAAAGGGCUUCAAGAAAUGGCAGUGAAAUCAAAAGGGCCAGUAAGUUUGUAAAUCUACAACCCACAUUGAUCAUAGAGGACUUCAGAUUUGAAUACGAGAUCGAGUGCAAUUCUAGUUUGCGGGCUAUUUGUAGGCUCCACAUUAUCAUGUCACACACCCAUCUCAUCACAAAAGCUACCCUCUCUACCUAAAGCCAACAUGAAGAGCGAGGGCUCGGAAAACACCACUGGAUUGAAAUUCAAAAAUUAUACUCAUAUGAGAUCAAUCUUGUAUUCAAAGUCCAAUCUAAAGGUCCCCAAUGUUCAGGUAUAAGACCAUGUACUGAAAAUUAUUAAUAGUGAGUAUAUUUUUUAAAAAUAAGAAAAAACAUUUUUGAUAAUUUUUAAUCACACAGACACCCAUUGAAAGAGAAAAGCUUGAAGCCAUUAGUAAGUCUCAAAGAUAAAAUUACACAUCACACAUACAAUGUAGUUAUACCACCAAUAUUACAUAAUUUGAUAUUAAACAAGGUGCCACCCUGAAUAAAUGCAUUAUGCAUGCAAUGAUAAAUAAUAUUUUCAUUGAUAAUUUAUUAAAGCCCCAUCCUAAAAGAUCAAGAAGAGUUUUUAAAGGUUAAAACAGGGCUAAAAUUUAUGCUUCUGAGACAAAAUAUUUUCUUUGUUUUUAAUUAAAAUGUAAUUUUGACCCACAUAGUAUUUAUAAUCUCUUUAAAAUUCAAUAAUUGAUGUGCAGUUCAUGAUUUGAAAAUUAGCUACCAAUAGUAUUUUUAAAACCUUUCAUUGAAACCUGAAGGAAGUUCAAAGUGACAUUAUUAGUCUACAUUCUUUGUAAAAUACUUAUAAAUUUACCAAUUAAAAACAAUACAUUGUAAAACACUCACACUGCACUAUCUUAUUUAAUUAAAACCUUAGGUAGCUAUUAUAUGGACAGCACAUACGGUGUAAGCAGACAAUGUUUUAAAAACGGCUAUAUGAUUCCUAAAACCAUGGCUAUAAUAAGAAAUGUUGCUGAAUGUAUUAAUUGGUAUUAUAUCAAGCAACUACAUAUUAACCUUUGAAAACAUCGACAGCCCCCUUCAUUAAUGAUGUGCACUUAGACAAUGCAAUGCUUUCAAAAUAUUGUAUUCUCUAGUAAGCAAGGGAAACAA